CCGCUAAUGGCGCUCUGGUAUAUCGACUUUAAAUUUCGUGCUCUACAUUUUCGUCUUUAAUGCGCCUCAUACUGCAUGAAUAGACUUAAAAUCAAAGAUGUCGGGUAGAGGCAUUUCUGUUGUACAACUUUACCAUGCUUGGCUCAACUCGAUCCUUAACGAGGAGGACCUGCACAUCGCCAACCUGACAGAGCUACAAGAUGGUGUGACCCUCUAUCACCUGAUUGGGAUCCUCUACCCCGACAGCAAGGACGAUCACAAAUUUCAGGCUUCAAGAGAAAAGAUUGCUAUCCAGCGGUUGCAGGGUGUCCUUGACCUUCUCUACCGGAAUGGAGUAAAGAUUUCUGUAGGAGCCCAUGAAAUACUUCAAGGAGACACGAAAGCCUUACUGGAUGUCCUCUGGGGAAUUAUACUAAACUUCUUCAUACAUACACCAGAGCGCCCACCCACCCAGAGGACUGUCCGUGUUGCCAAACGUAACCUCCUUGAUUGGUGCAAGCAGCAGCAGCCAGACCUCGCCUUCAACAUCCAUGCCAGCCUCGGCAAGAAUUUUGGUAAAUCUGACGUCCUGGCAAGAAUAAUAAGUACAAAUUGCAGAGUCGAAGAAUCAGAGGAACUUAUAGAAUAUUUAUCCAAUGCUGUCUCGGCCACUGAAGAUCAGUUAGGAAUCGAUAAAGACAUUUUGAACCCAGUGGACAUAAUUGAUGGAACGAUCGAUGAACAUGCAUUGUUGGUUUACCUGGCUUUAGUCAAACGGAAGAGUCAAUUGAAGGGAAAGUCCAAUGAUCCUACCUCAACCAUACCCAACGGCAUCCCAGAAGUGUUGAACAAUCCAGUAUUACUGAACACAAACAAUUUGAGACGUUCCCCUUCACCUAAGCCUACAAGCCUUAGAAACAGCCCAACACCUGAGACUGACAGUCCCAGAAAUAGCCCAAUACCCAAAGCAGCUAGCCCAAGAAACAGCCCGAUACCCAAGGCAGCUAGCCCCAGAAACAGCCCGAUACCCAAGGAAGCUAGCCACAGAAACAGCCCAAUACCGAAGGCAGCUAGCCCCAGAAACAGCCCGAUACCCAAGGCAGAUAGCCCCAGAAACAGCCCAGCACCCAAGACAGAUAGCCCCAGAAACAGCCCAGCACCCAAGACAGAUAGCCCCAGAAACAGCCCGAUACCCAAGGCAGCUAGCCUAAGAAACAGCCCAAUACCUGUUCAUAGGCCUGUCAGUCCUCGUCAAGAGACCAGCACCCCUACCGAAGUCUGUCGGCCAUCUCCACGCUAUUCACUGCUCAAUAAGGUAGAACUGGACUUUGAUGAUAACCCUAUAACAUUUGAAGUGCCUUCAAGCUCAACUCCUCGUUCUUCUCUAACUUCACCUCGGAGAUCACCAGUGCCAUCUCCUAACCGGCCGUUGUCUCCGGCUACCAAUAUAAGAAAUAACAGACCGAUAUCACCAAGGACGAACCAAGAGCACAAUCCUGAUAUUGAACUCAUCAUCGAUUUGACUGAUUCUGGGGACAACUUUGUGGAAAAUUCCCUGUUAAUUUCACCAAGGAAACCUGUGGAAACCACACCACAGCAGACGUAUUCAGCCUUGCACCAGAGGUCACAAUCAACUUCUCCCAGCAGGACACAGUUGACCUCAUCUGAGAGGACACAUUCAACCUCACCCCAGAGGACAAUCAGCCCACAGUCUUUCAACGUGAACCAUGUCUACAGUCCACGAAACUCGCCAUCGAUAGAAGCAGACGACUUUCGCUCAAGAUCACCGCUAGGAUCGCCAGGAGCGGCUCGACGCCAGAAGGCUGCAUCGCCGCUUGGGAGCCCGAGAGCGAGAUCCCCGCGUUUGACGUCACCGAGAAUUAACGGUCACAGAGGAAUGAACGGUUACUCUACCAUGGAUCCAGGUGACAGGCUCGAUUUCAAUGGGUUUGAUGAAAAGGGUAAUGGAAACUUGUCGGACACUGAGCAGCCAAAUUCGGCACGAUCUGGUCGCACGGACACAUCUGAUUGGCUCUCCUCUUCGUCGGGAUCAGUCCACGCGUAUAACGUCGCGAGAGGAAAUGACGAAAUCGCCGACAGUGGCGUGGAUACGGAAUUAGCCGAGGCAAUCAAAAAUAAGGUGUCUGAACAUUUUGAAAUUGACAGUCAGCAGAAUACGCCUCGUGUUGAGGAGAAUCCUGGCGAUGUCACGUUAACGGGACAGACGAACUCUGGUCUUGGCAUGUGUAAAUCCAUGAGUAAUGACGAUCUUCUAACGAUGCUUGAAGCCAUCGGCCACCAGGGGAAAACGUUAAGGGAUGAAUUAAUUAAUCGUGAGCAAGAACUGAUGUUAAUGCAAGUUCAGAGUGACGAUUCGAACAUGGGUUUGGGCUUGGCUCAGAAAUACGAAGAAGACGUUGAGUUUUUAAAACGUGAAAAUGAAAAACUAGCUAAGGAAGUGGCCAGUGCUAAAACUGCUGUAUUGCCAGAACGUGAAAUCGUGAACACGCUUCUCUCUGAAAUUGGCGUUAUGAGAGAGAAAAUGGACGCUGUAGAAACGACAGCGUUGAGUCCGAGAGAUAAUAAUUCACCGCGGUUGGAUUUAGAUAGUGGUUUUAAGGAAAGUGUGCAACGGUUGAGUCACAGUAUGGAUAAUUUAGAUCAAAAGUUAGGCAUGAUCAACCAGGGGAGUAACUCGACGAGUGUGGACUCACUUCAUGACCGGGGGUCGCUAUUUGCCAGUAGUCCAGAGACGAAACCGCCAAGUGGUGCAUUCAAACAUGCUGAGUUGAGAUGGCAUGACCAGGAGAAGGCUCUGAAAGAGCAGAUAGCUGCACAGAGACGAAAAAUAAACGAAUUAGAAUCAAUGGUCACACUUACAAAGAACGACAACAAGGACCUUCAGAAGAAACUCGACAAGGCGAGUACGAACAUAGCAAAUCGGGUGAACGAGAUGGACGCCAUGAUCAACGAGACGAGAAACGAAAUGGACACGAUCCAAAUGGAAAAUGACGAACUGAAGGAAUAUCGCAAAAAGGACAAACAAACUAUGAAGAAGUUGGAAGAAGAUAUUGAGACGUUGGAGAAGAAGAUUGGAAAUCUCCAGAGAGAGAAUAGUAGUUUGACUGAUCAACUGCAGGCGAAUAUGAAGAAAUCACAGGCACUUGAGGGAACCCCUGGUCGACUAGAAGCGCUCACGAAAGAAAACACAACUCUGAAGGAAAAGUUAGCUGCUGCUGGUGAAGAAAAGAAACAACUUCAACAGGAUUGUACGAAGUACAUCCAGAGAUGCCGUGAAGUCGAGAGUAGGGCGAGCCGAAAUUCCUCACCACAGAAAACCGCCCCAGAGCAUAGUCCGUCAAAGUCUAGCAGACCAGAUAGUCCUACAAAACAGAACACAUCAUCAAUGAGUAGUCCUGUGAAACAGAGUACAUCAGCAAGCAGGAGUCCUUUGAAACAGAACCCGCCUGCUACGAGUAGUCCUGUGAAACCAAACCAGUUUGUCACAAGUACUCCGGUAAAACACAAUGUUCCAGUCUCCGGUAGUUCUGCUAAAUCGAACAAUGGUGCCCCAUCAGUUGUGACUAAUGGUCAUCCACAUAAUCCAGCUAUGGUUCGGGCUGCAGCGAUGACGGAUGUUGUAAGUUCACCGAGCGUGUCACCAAUAUCAACUCUAAAACAUGACCCACGAAAUGUGGAUGACCAAAGGAAGUCAACGUCAUCUCCAACGAAAUAUAUCGCAGAAAAACCAAACAGGUAUGUGCAGGGACAUUUACGCGAGGAAGUAAGUCCUGAAAGACCGAGUCUUAAUCCAGGGAAUAGGUAUCAGCACCAUGAACGCAUCAUGAUCCAAGCAAAGCAUGCAAUGCAUGAGGCAGAGAAUAAUCCACCGGUUAUAGAAAAGAAAGAGCAGCCAAUUGAUUUAGCGGAAUUGUCGCUAAAAUACCCUGAACUUGAUCGAUACAGUCACAAGGCAUGGCCUGAUGAGUUGACAAGAGUUUCACCUGAGGAACAGAGUUUUGAGGAGGUUGUUGAGCGAGUUUCUGCGGUCAGUAAGACAUUAGACUCAGAGAUGGAAAAAUCUAUACAUUUGUAUCAAAAGAUGCAGACACCAAAGGUUCAGCCGAUUUCUCGGGUGAGGUUGAGAUCGGAUGAAUCUGUAAGGUCGUCGGAAAGAAGCUCGGAGCCUCGUAGAACGAGUGCUGAUGAGCGAAGGGGCGAUUCGGAGCACAGAUACACUCCUCCACCAAGACGUACUAGGGAAGAGAGGCCGGAGUCAUCGAAGCUUGGUCAUAGGAGGACUCACUCCGCUUCUGGAGAGAAACCAGAAAAGUCUGUGGCAGUAGAUGAGUCGAGUCGCCACAGGCAAAAGCAGUUUGGGUCACUACAGAAUCUUUCAUCACGUGAUAGAUCUGCUCAUCAUGCUGUUGAUCAUAGGAACGGUCCAAGUGGUGAUGCCACAGCUUCUUCAGGCAGGCCAGUAUAUAGGGCGUCCAGUGCUGAGCGAUUGGCCAACAGGGGUCCCCCAGCAAGGGCACAUCAGGAAUCAACCCCCUCAAGGACUUCACCUCAGGAACCCAAUGUCCAGACCCCAAGCAGAAGUUCAGAUAUCCGUAACAUUUUGCAGAAAAGGUUUGGCAGUGCUCCUCUUCCCCCACGAAUGAGUGCAGCUAUGAGGGUGAGAAAGUCGGACGAAAGUACCCCCACCAGACCUAGUGGACAGUAUUCUGAUAGCAGACCUACUGGUCAUAGAGGGACCGCCCCCGUCAAAGUUGUUCAUGCACCACAUGAAGCAGUUCAUCAGGAACAGUAUCAACAAACACCGUUAUCAGCUUGGAAUGAUGAUAGCAAUGAUAGGCCUAGGGAUCGACAGAGAAAUCGGGAAUCUAUGCCCAGACGACGGAUGUACCAGAAUGAAGAGGAAUCUCGGCCAUCAAGGUCAGAGGAGAGAAAUCCUGUUGGAAGUAGGCAUGAGUCAGGCCUAAAGUAUCGAGAUCAUAUGCCGAAUAGAGAAUCUGACAGGUAUGUGAGCCGGGAGCAGUUUGACGUCAGGGAUCAAAGGCAACCGCAAACAACACCUCCAGUGAUCAUGGUAACGCCGCCUGAUGAGCAGUUGAAGGAGGUACCUCGGGCUCGCCAGUACAGGAGAUUCUCCGGGUCAGGACCAGAUACCGAGACGCGUAGAGCAGAGGAAUCAGAGAGUCCUGUGUAUUCAAGAGAUCGGGAUGGCAGGCCUCCCUCAUCCCAUCGGAGAACACCAGAGAUGCAGCAAAGAAAUCAAGCACCAGAGAGGCAGCAGACAAGACCACGGUCACAGACGCCCCAGAGAUCACCCGCAAAACAGAGUCAAGAUAGCGGUGUACGUGAACGCCAUCCUUCCUCACCGCCUAGAUUGAGAGGACAGGGCGACCAACCCACAAGACAACAAGAUAUGUACGAAACAGGCCAGUUGGUGAAUUGGCGAGAUGUGGCGCGGGACUAUGGUGUUGACGUGAACGAUGAUGACUACCCGUAUUUCGGCGUCAUGAACAAUGAACCACAAGUCCAACAGGCUAAUGUUCCUCAGUAUAAGGAUUAUGAUGACCCGAGUGGGGAGCCUGUAGUUGCGAGCUCUGACGCCGAUCUUGUGAUGGAUGCAAAUGGGAUUUAUCGAGAAAUUCCAGAACCCUCUCCAAAAAAACCUCUGUAUCAGUCUCAUAGACGGGCUGCCUCUUUGGAUAAUAGGAAUCGUUCGGGUCCAUCUCGGAACCAGAAUUCUUAUGGAAAGUAUAAUGGAGAUUCUGAGUUAAAUAACAAUGCUGCUCCACCCUCUGCACCUCUGAAGGGUAAUCCACAACUGCGGGAUUCUCCGACCCACAGAUCUGCCUCCAGUAUCGGCCAAAUGUCCUCGGUUAGCCGGACGGAGCCCGAACCAACAGAGAUACCAGCGUAUAACACAAACGAUCAAAUUCCGCCAAAGCUCUCGGCUUCCCAGAUAGCAUACGUUGACAGUCUUAUUGAGAAAUACACAAGAACGUGAAUCGUUCCAAACAUGGGACACAGAACCAGGUGAUAGUUAGAAAAGAACCACAGAUUGUCAAAAGAAGAAGGGACUUUUCGUGAAGAUAAACCGCCAUAUUUUCGUGGCUCUUUCUGUAGAUUUCCACAGAAAAAAAAUUAUUUCUGCUCAUCGAGGUUAUGUGCAAAAUUGGUGGAAAUAAAAGCGCAGCGGAAUAAAACAAAAGCGUCAUUGAAAUGUGGCGGUUCGCUGUUGUGGUGCGAGUAACCAGAUCAAACCUCAGGAACAAAAAAAAAUAUUAUGCGUGCUAUGUCUGGGAUUAGGAAUAGUGCUUUGAUAAUGUUCAGUGACUUUGUAGUGUAGCAGCCUCCAGCCAACUCUGAUUAUUAUUGUAAAAGAAGAACCUUUUUUAGUACAUUCCAGUAGUUAUUUGUUUUUGUGCUGCUGUACUAUUUUAUACUAUGUUUUAUGUGUUUUUAUUCUGAAGGACAUGUAAAAAAGAGCCAAUUUUCAGCACAUAUUAGGUUUUAAAUGUCUGAAUGGGAAAGUGUUAAGGUGCUUCUUGUCUAACGUGGUCUUACAUGUACAUGUAAUCUGGGAAAUUUAUGAACAAACUCUUUUAGAAAUGCACAAAAUUAAGUUUACAAUUCAUUUGUUUUAGCACAAGUACAAUGGGGUUGUACUGAUACCACUGAAAAUACUCUCAUUUCGCCUAUCUAAGACAUAAGAAUAAAUCAACCAGUCUUAGAUCAGUGAAACAAGAGUAUGUAAAUAUCCACUAAUAGUGGACUGUAUGUAUCAUGUGUAUCAAAUAUUUUAUGAGUCAAAAGGUUUUAUAUACAUAAGACAGCUGAGUGUAAUGGUAGAUGUGCCUCUUGUUCUGUUUUGUAUCUAUCUUGUUUUGUUGUUGAUCUUCUAAUGCUUAAUAGGCCACUGACAGUUUCUUCAUUGUUUCUUAUCAAAGUGUUAUUGAUUGUUUAUCAUCAACCAUUGGGAAGUGCAUGGAACCUAAAAUUAGGGGUGCGAUUGUCAACCGGAGAACAUGGGGCCAAGGAAAAGAUGUGACAUGUUUUUGAGCAGUCUGGUUUCAUGUCCUAAGACCAAGUUGAUGUUUAAACUAGUGAUUUACUCUUAUUGGCCUUUGAUACUGCUGCUGUGAAUAUGCCUUCCUUGUUUUAUGCUGUAAUAUAAUAGAAAUUUUUAGAUGGUCUGUAUAAAAGGCUGCUUAUGCAUUGACUGUUAACUUGUGCAGUUUUUCUCUGUUCCGUGUUCGCUUAUGACCUUGUGGCACGCCACACAGACAAUGAACCUUUGUUUUGCUAAUAUUGGGCUUCUGUUGGGCUGUGCUGUGGGACCAGUUCCUCUUUUGACUGGAAAUGUAACGAAUGAACAUUGUCCUUCUUUUACCUACAGAAUUGUUAGUCCACAAGAGGACAGUCAAUGGAUAAUCAACCUUAGGGGAAAAUCAAAUUUAUUUCACGAUGUGUCAUUUGAAAGAUGUUUUGUAAUAUUUGUAAGUUAACUACUUCAGAGAAGAUGCCUUGUCUGAAGUGAAUCUGUCACAUUUUUUGCCUUAUCAUACAUUUUCUCUGUGAAAGGCUUCUCAAUCGUUCUGAAGUUACCCUCCAAAGAUUUGGCAUUCAAGCACUUUCAAAAGAAAACAGGGAUGUAGUGGCAUGUUCUUUUUAGCUUGGUAGAAAGUGGUAUGAACACACUCCUGUAGAAAGUGGUAUGAACACACUCCUGUAGAAAGUGGUAUGAACACACUCCUGUAGAAAGUGGUAUGAACACAUUCUUGUAGAAAAUGGAAGAACACAUUCUUGUAGAAAGUGGAAAGAACACAUUCUUAAAGUGAUACUAUGAUGUGAUUUACAACUUUGCGGAAAUACGUCCGUUUUUAAUUGUUGAUCACAAAUGUAAAGCUCAAAUUUUCCAUUUUUGAUUAGAUUUAUUAUAAAAUCGCUGAAUGUAAACCACCGCGACUGCGAAAAUGUUCAUGUUGUGACGUCAUCAACGAAAACGGCAUCGAAGCGAGCCGUCCGGGUGGGAUUAAACCAUCAAUUUCUAGAAAAUGUGCAUUUCGAUUCGAAAACCUUACCGAUUUAUGAGAAAGUGAUGUAGUCAUUUGUCAAAAACAGCUAAAACAUUAUAUGGUGAAAUUUGACACGAGCUACCCUUUAAAGCACUCCAAUAAGUUGGUUCUCUGAUGCUCCAUAACCUUACUGCUGGCAGUAAGCACUUGUGCCUUCCUACGUGAUGACCUAAAACAUGUUAUUGUUAACAGUCUGGCUAGUGCAUGAUACUGAUAAUCGUUUGGAGUUUGAACACCAUUGUGGAUGCGGGCAUCCAAAAGUUACGGAGCAGUGAAACUAAUAAAGGAACUAAAAACAGCCGUACAAUCUAUUAUAUGUUUUAUUAACAACCAGUUUUAUCUGCUCCAAACCUCUCCAUUCCCCAAUGUUUCCCUCUGCAUAAAGCCUUCAAAUACCUAUAGCUUCAUCACAGUACCCCUCCUCUUUGAAAAAGGGUCCGUCCAGAUUUUUAACAUAUUUAUCAUUCCUAUAUCCAAAAGACACCUGUUGUACUUAGUUUUGUAUUUUCAUAAUGUUAGUUUUUUGAACAGAAUGGAUUUAAUGAGAAUGUUUUAUUGUUUAACCCUUUCGCUGCCACAACCGGAAUGUACCAGAUUCGUACACUGAGCCUGCGCUGAUCUGUACCACUGUUGUAGUAUGUACUAAAUCAUGCCGCAGUUCCAGUUUGGUUCCCCCUGGAAAAACAAGAUGGCAGCACUGUCUUCUAUUCAGUGUGGGCCAGGGGUACCGGUACUAUGAAUCCCCUGUGGAAGUGUCAGAAGUUUUGUUUUUGAAAGAGAACAAUCGUGAUUUUCAUGGAGAAAGCUUAAAUUUCGUAUAAUAGUUAGAAAUCUUGAUUUUCAUAUCAUGUAUGAUAUUUUCAUAUAUAUUGAAAAGUCAUGACUUUUCAAUGGAAGUUUUGAAUUUCAAUUGAAAAUUUAGUUUUUCAUGCAUUUUUUGUUUUUGAAAGAGAAUAAUUGUGAUUUUCAUGGAGAAAGCUUAAAUUUCGUAUAAUAGUUAGAAAUCUUGAUUUUCAUAUCAUGUAUGAUAUUUUCAUAUAUAUUGAAAAGUCAUGACUUUUCAAUGGAAGUUUUGAAUUUCAAUUGAAAAUUUAGUUUUUCAUGCAUUUUUCAAUCAAAACAGGACAGAAGGGUUUUCGGAUUUCCAUAUCUGUGAGAAUUUGUGUCUUCAAAUUUUGUACUUAACUGGGUUAUAUGGUGCCUUGUGUAAUUAUUGCCUAAAAAAAUUAUAUAUUUUACUUGAAAAAGCUUCAUCUGUCAAUUUCAGAAUCGUUAAUAUUGUAUCUGAUUUGUUUAUUUACUAUUUUGUGUAAGGUUAAAAUGCACUUUUUCCACCUUCCUCUUAAAUUUUGCCAAAAAAUUAGUGAAGCUUCAUUGUAACAGAAAUUAUUGUGAUGCAACAAGAGUCCAGCUGGUGUCAUAGUUAAACGAUAUUUCAUAAUUUAUACUAUUUAUUAUAAAUUAGAACUAUUUAUCAUUUGUAGGUAACAUCUAGGGAUUUAAUAAACUA